CCCCCGACAUCCACCAUGGUGAAAGAACGCAAAUUCUAUGAUUUGCUCGAGGUUCCAGAGGACGCAUCAGAGGCGGACCUCAAGAAAGCGUACCGCAAAAAAGCGCUCCGAUUACAUCCUGACAAGGGUGGCGACCCCGAGCUGUUCAAAGAGGUGACGCAUGCCUACGAAGUUCUCUCCGACCCGCAGAAACGAGCACUCUAUGAUGCGCGAGGAGAGGCUGGGCUACAGGAGGGAGGCGGCAUGGGCGGCAUGGAUCCUCAAGAUCUCUUUAGCCAGCUGUUUGGCGGUGGUGGCGGUUUCUUCGGCGGCGGCCGGUCACCAGGACCGCGCAAGACUAAGGACCUCCUCCACCGCAUUACCGUCUCGCUCGAAGAUCUGUACAAGGGUAAAACCUCCAAACUCGCUCUUACGCGCAGCGUCAUCUGCUCGAAGUGUAAUGGCAAGGGUGGCAAGGAGGGAGCUGUGCGGACUUGCAACACCUGUAGCGGUCGCGGUAUCAAGGUCACCCUUCGUCAAAUGGGCCCCAUGAUCCAGCAGAUGCAAUCGCCCUGCGACGAAUGUUCCGGAACGGGGGAGAUCAUCAACCACAAGGACAAGUGCAAGGUUUGCAACGGCAAGAAAGUGGUUUCGGAGAAGAAGAUCAUAGAAGUCCACAUAGACAAGGGUAUGCGGGCGGGUCAAACUGUCGUCUUCCAUGGCGAGAGCGACCAGGCUCCUGGUGUUGCUUCCGGGGACAUCGUUAUCGAAAUCAACGAGAAGCCGCAUGAGCGCUUCCGUCGAAACGGGGAUGAUCUUCAUACCGAGGUCGAAGUGGACCUGCUCACUGCUCUUGGUGGCGGUCAAAUCGCUAUCAAGCACUUAGACGACCGCGUCCUGAUUGUAAACCUCGUGCCUGGAGAGGUUAUCAAACCUGGCGACGAGAAGGUCAUCCGAGGUCAGGGCAUGCCCUCUCAUCGGCACCACGAGCCCGGCGAUCUCUUCGUCAAACUAUCCGUCAAAUUCCCCGAUCACAUCAAUCCCGAGUCGGUUCCGUUCCUAGAGCAGGCUCUACCGCCUCGAAAACCCAUGGAGAAAUACGGGAAGAACACAUUGUUAGAGGAGGUAGACAUGGAGGAGCUGACCCCGCGGCAACGCGAACAGAUGGAACAGGAAGCUAUGGAAGAGGAUGAUGACGGCCAGCCGCGGGUGCAGUGCGCAAACCAGUAGCCGGAUGGAUGCCUAUUUCUUUCGUUUUAUAGACUGAUAACUCACGCUGCUUGCUAUCGCAUUACUGUACAUGUGCAUCAUUGGCAUCAUUAUAGCACUUAUGACUCGUCUUACACAUGCGUGCGGGAACCACGAAAAGCCAUCAAUCCCAUUUCGUCUCUGGGUGCGCCUUGAACUGCUCGUAUAGCUCGCGGUUGAAGAACGAAAUCUCUGUCUCAUUCUCGAAACCUGCGUCAGCCAGAAUUUGGUUGUCGUCGUGCAAUAUCCAGUCAUCGUGGUCGAGGUUGAUGAUCAAGUUCGUCGUCUUCGCUCCGUGGGCCUUAGUAUACAACUUGAAGGUAUCUAAAACAACGUUCCGAUAUGGCUUCCACCCUGGCUGCGUCUGCACCGCUGUCGUAUGGCGAUGUCGGAUGUGCAAGAAGUUCUCGAUCAAGAGACUUCACGCAGUACCUUGACGUGCCAUGUCCUUGAGCUGACCGACGGUGGUGGUCUCGAGAUUAACAUUGUGCAAGAUCAAUGACUUCUCCGUCCUG